AGGAUGGGCGAGGAGGAAAUAGCAUUGCAAGUGGCCCUAAAUGAAACAACAGAAAUCAAUACAUAUGACUUCUAUGCCACCGAGCAGCUGGCUGUACUUUGGGUCUUGUUUCUCCUCAUUGUUCUGGGAAACUCCUCCGUACUUCUGGCUCUGGCUUUCAACAAGAAUAGGAAGUCACGUAUGAACUACUUCAUCAUGCAGCUAGCAAUUGCAGAUUUAGCAGUUGGAUUGAUAAGCGUCUUAACAGACAUCGUCUGGAGGGUCACGAUAGCCUGGCACGCUGGAAACGUAGCCUGCAAAGUUAUAAGAUAUUUACAGGUAUUGGUUACAUAUGGAUCAACCUAUGUCCUAGUGGCCCUUAGCAUCGACAGAUAUGAUGCGAUAAAACAUCCGAUGAAAUUCUCAGGAAGUUGGAGAAGAGCCAAACUUCUAGUUGUUAUCGCAUGGGCCGUCAGUGCUAUAUUCUCUUUACCCAUCUUGGUUCUCUAUGAAGAAAAGCUUGUUCAAGGUCAGCUGCAAUGCUGGAUCGAGCUGCCAUACCAGUGGCAAUGGCAACUCUACAUGACUGUCGUCUCGGUAGCCCUAUUCUUCAUACCCGCAAUAAUAAUUACAGCCUGCUACACAGUCAUAGUGUCUACCAUCUGGAGGAAAGGGAGUACUAUCAUAGUCAUCAAGAGGUCAUACAAAGGUAUUUCCACUGACAAGGUGAGACUCGAACAUGAUCAUGAAUCUAGACGCGCAAGUUCCAGAGGCCUCAUACCCAAAGCCAAAGUCAAGACAGUCAAGAUGACCUUCGUCAUAGUUUUCGUAUUCAUUGUUUGCUGGUCUCCGUACAUAGUAUUCGACCUCCUUCAAGUGUAUGGCUACGUCCCAAAGACCCAGACUAACAUUGCAGUCGCUACCUUCAUCCAAAGCCUUGCACCUCUCAACUCUGCGGCUAAUCCCCUCAUCUACUGUCUCUUCUCGACGAGAGAUCCUCCUCAACAGGACAUGUCCCAGAUGGGAGAAGAUCUAGGGGCCGCCCUAGGAGGUAGUAUCUCAACUACAUUGAGCGACUCUUUAAGGCGUGGGAGAAGGACCUCCGACAGGCGAGGAACUUAG